CCGUGGAACCCAGCGUGUUUCCCUUGUUAACUCCUGCUCUAGGGUCUAAAUCUCUCCAGGCUCCAUUUCAGGCCUUCAAGUUUGCUUCUGAUAGCACAGUUAAGUUACAGAUGACGGUGUCGUUUUGUCUGGACAAGUGUCCGCCGGUCGAUUGCAGCAGUGACGUCACACAAAACCUUAAUAAGAAACGUCGAAGAUCAACAUCUGCAGCAGAUACCUCCAUUCUUGAGUUACAGGCUGGUGACGUCAUUAAUGACGUGAUCAUGGAAAGCGACUUGUUCACUGUGAUGAGUUCAAAGUCGGCAUCCUCUAUGGGGCAACGAGCAAGAACAUUUAACGUUCGGAGCGAUCCUAUUGCCGAAGUGACAGAGAAAGGAUUUUGUCUAACACGAGCUACUGUGAUAACGGCCGCUGUGGUCGUAUGUAUCCUCCAGGUGGCGCUGGUCUGUUUCUGUAUCCUGCACCUAGUUUUCAACCGGAAGUCACGUGGAUAUCCCAGCAGCACCCGCCAGAUUAUCAGCCGCGGAUCCACUACUAGCAACAUGAAACUUUUCAAUAAUAAACCAUAGAAGACGUUUUUAUACAAAUGUGCCUCUUUCGAAUACUAAAAUGUAUGUUUGUGCGAAAACGGAAAUGACGUAACGGAACCUGGUGUUUCAAGUUUUUUUUUCAUUAUUCUAUAAUUAUAGGCUUAUUUUUAAAUUUCCACGAUAUUAAGUUAAAUAUCAUUCUAGUUUUGAAAGCAAUGUUUAUAAUAAUGGCCUUGAUAUGUUUUAUAAUGCUAAUUUAUUCUCAAGGAAAAUGUUAUUUCAAAGCCAAAACGUCAGACAUGUACUCGGAAACCUUUUGAUAACUUUAAAUUGUAUAAUUUUGAUGGUGAGGUGUUUUUAAACCUUAUUUUAUCGAUCUAUGAUGUAAAUACAAAGUUUCGGAUUUAGUGUUUUCUAACAGCACAUACUAACCCUAACUGUGUAUUCUUUAUUUUGUUACGUAUUUAUACAUCUUGAUGUUCUUCAAUUCACUUCAUGUAGUAUCAUACACAGAAGUCUUGGUUAUUUCUAAAAUAUUUUAAAUGUCACACCUGAAAAAAGUUACUUUAGGCAAUCAGAAACCGCUUUAUUAACCAGUUCGUUUUUGUAGUAGACAGUUUUAAAUGUCGCACCUAAAUACGGUUACUUUAGGCAAUCAGAAACCGCUUUAUUAACCAGUUCGUUUUUGUAGUAGACAGUUUUAAAUGUCGCACCUAAAUACGGUUACUUUAGGCAGUCAGAAACCGCGUUAUUAACCAGUUC